GUGGCAGGAGUGUUGCAAGGCUGCCAAGGUCAUGAUAUAGCUGCAAUUGCAGGAGGACUGGUGGAUGCAGAAGCACUGGUAUCUCUCAAAGACUUGCUGAAUAGAGUUAACUCUGAUAACCUGUGCACAGAAGAGGUUUUUCCUACUGCAGGAGCUGGAACAGACCUGCGAUCUAACUACCUACUUAAUACCAAGAUAGCAGGAGUGGAAGAGGCAGAUGUUCUACUUCUAGUUGGCACCAAUCCACGCUUUGAAGCACCACUGUUCAAUGCAAGAAUUCGAAAGAGCUGGCUACACAACGAGCUCCAAGUGGCUCUUGUGGGUUCCCAGGUUGAUUUGACUUACACUUAUGAUCACCUAGGAGACUCCCCACAGAUACUCUUGGACAUUGCUUCUGAAAAACAUCCUUUCAGCAAGGUUUUGAACCAAGCUAAAAAGCCAAUGGUGGUGGUUGGUAGUGCAGCGCUUCAGCGUAGUGAUGGUGCUGCUCUUCAUGCAGCUAUUUCUGCCAUUGCACAAAACAUUAGGACAAAAAGUGGAGUUGGUGCUGAUUGGAAAAUCAUGAACAUUCUUCACAGAGUUGCAAGCCAAGUAGCUGCUCUUGAUUUAGGUUACAAACCAGGAGUAGAUGCAAUCCGGAAGAAUCCUCCCAAAGUACUGUAUCUCUUAGGGGCAGAUGCAGGUUGCAUUACCCGUCAGGAUUUGCCUAAGAAUUGCUUCAUCAUUUAUCAGGGGCACCAUGGUGAUGUAGGAGCUCCUAUGGCCAAUGUUAUUCUUCCAGGAGCAGCUUAUACAGAAAAGGCUGCAACCUACGUGAACACUGAAGGUAGAGCUCAGCAAACCAGAGCAGCAGUAACACCGCCUGGUAUGGCAAGAGAAGAUUGGAGAAUUAUUAGAGCAGUCUCUGAGCUGGCUGGCAUGACUCUCCCUUAUGACAACCUGGAUCAAGUAAGGAACAGACUAGAAGAAGUAUCCCCAAAUUUGGUUCGAUACGAUGAUGUGGAGGAAGCCAAUUACUUUAAACAAGCAAACGAGCUCUCCAAGGCAGUGAAUCAGACACUUCUUGCUGAUCCUCUUGUUCCACCUCAGCUCACAGUUAAAGACUUCUAUAUGACAGAUCCUAUUAGCAGAGCAUCACAAACAAUGGCUAAAUGUGUGAAAGCAGUUACAGAGGGAGCCAAGGCAAUUGAAGAACCCUCCAUCUGUUAAAGAAUGAAAUUCUGCCACUCGAGUCUAUCAGACACAGUUAUGACUGAUUUGGGAGUCAGGGGGAAAUAAACUAUUUUUUAGUCUGUUUAUGUUUGUUCUUUAUGAAUGUAAGUGAGAGUUUAUUUAAGGCCAGAUGUCAAGUGUGCAUUUGGUAAUUAUGUUCAGCACAAUUUACUGUGUGGAAACAUGUAUAUUGAUAAUGUAUAAACAUGAUGUGAAAUUAAAGCAGUUUUAAUAUGCAAGAUUUUCUGUGAAAUGUGGUCAAAACAUUCACUUAAUGAAAUUUUCCAGAACUAUAGAUGGCCAGCUUUGGAUAUACGUAAAAGCAACAGCUUCCACAACAUGUAAAAUUCUAUAAGAUUUAAGCCAUCUUAAUGUCACUGCAUUUUCUGGGAAAGAAACUCUUAAUAAGUGAGAUUAGUGAGGUUUCAUCAGUGUACCACUGAGAAACUAUAAGAUUCCCUUUGAAAUAAAACUGUACUUCCCAUCAAAAGAAGAAUUUCAGUCUUAUACCAUUUUGAUGAGUACAUAUCAAGCUUUGAAAUUGCAGGAAAUUGCUGUUGAAUAUAUUUCAGUAAAAAUUAAGAUGAGUUGAAAGCACAA